GAAAUUUCAAACUAGGGUGGGUUACUUGACAGUUAAUUACCGUUGGGAACCCAUAAGGAAUGUAUGAAUUAGGCCGUUUUCUACCCUGGAAAUAAAUCAUUAGUCUCCCCGAAACUUCUCUCUCCUUGCAAAGAACUGCCGUGAUGGAGCGAACGGAGCAAGACAUCGGGAUCAGAAUCUACACGGCCUCUCCUCGCAAGUCCCCCACCCCGGCCCCUGCCCCUGCCCCUGCCGCUGCAGAUUAUCCUUCCUCCAUGCCACCAGGGCCUGUGGAGACUGUGGCCCCGGCUGGUGGCCAGAAGAGGCAGGCAGUGGCGAAGGGAGUCCAGAAGACGCUGUCGAAGACCUCGUUGCUUGUGAACUUCCUGCCCACGGGAACCCUCCUCACAUUCGAAAUGCUGCUGCCCUCGGCCUCAGGGGAUGGGUCGUGCUCGCCGGUGAACACCCACAUGAUCCACGCCCUCCUCAGCCUCUGCAGCCUCUCGUGCUUCUUCUUCCACUUCACUGACAGUUUCAAGACCCCUGAAGGGAAGGUCUAUUAUGGGUUUGUGACCCCGAGGGGACUCUCCCUCUUCAGGACAGGACUGGGGGUUGAGGUCCCCAAGGAUGGCAGGUACAAACUCGGGAUCUCCGACUUUGUGCAUGCCAUCAUGUCCGUCACGGUUUUCAUGGCGAUUGCGCUUUCUGAUCAUCGAGUCACCAACUGUCUCUUCCCAGGGCACGUUAAGGAGAUGGACGAAGUGAUGGAGAGUUUCCCGCUCAUGGUGGGGAUCGUCUGCAGCGGGCUUUUCUUGGUGUUCCCGAACACUCGGUACGGGAUUGGGUGUAUGUCCACUUAAUAAAUUAGCCGAUGAUUAUUAGUCUGUUGGAGUUUAUGUUGAAACUGUCUGAUUUAAGUAGUUUAUUGUAAUUGGUUGCAUAGUGUCUUCCCUUUCUGGCAAUUGCAUCUCCUCUCUUAUGGAGAUGAUUGUAUGCAUAUAGCUGCGAUCAAGUUUAGGAUCAUUAAAGCCAUGAUGGUUUAAUGUCAUGUCAACACUGAUCCGAAUCGAGAAAUGGGGACUGCAAAGGUGUGAAAUGACCUGAAGGAAUAGACUUUUGAGACGAUUUGCGAUAAUACUGUCACAGCUGCUAGAAUUAUAAAGAAUUAACGGUAUAUAAGUAAUAGCCUUAUAACUGGUGUUAAUAUCGAGUGGUACCCGUGGUAUCCUAACUCGAGAAAAACUCUGUACAUCUCUCCGUUCCAAGGCACGCAUCUCAAUGAGCUAACCUAUAUAUUUUGUUACGGGACAACCUACCUGUACAGUGGUGGUGAAACCCUUCCAUUCUAAAAAUAAUUUCUCCCUACUGGUAAUCAUAUAAACUACAGUAGAACGAAUGAUCAGUGAGAUGAUGAUACCAACCAGCAUUUUGUGUAUGCGUCACACCUC